AGACUUUUUAAUUUUUUUAAUAUUUUGUUAACUGUUUAUAAUAAAAGUAAAAUUUCAUUAUCGAGCAAUACUUUAAAUAUCAGUAAAUGGCUCAACCUUCAAUAUCUUCAUUUUUCAUCACUCGAAAGCGUGGUUUAGAGGAUGAUGCAUUACAAGCAAAAAAUAAAGUAGUUUGUUUAGAAAAGGCUUCCAAUUCUACAGAAGAAAGUGAUGAUUCUGAAGAAUUGAAAACCAAAGUUGUAUUUCCUAAGGCAUUCGAUAGCAGCUCAACCGAUGAUGAACCUAAGAAAACGGUUACAAAGCCUGCAACCCGACAAGGCAUUACUCCACAAAGAAGAACUCGAUCGAAAAAGCUUCAAAUGCAGGAAGUUGAUGGUAUUGAAACGGCUAAAGUUGUUAAUUUCUGGAAAGGUGGAAAUCUAUCGCCCCAGAAAAAAAUGAAGCAGCCUGAAAAGUCUUCUUUAACAUCAGAACUUAAUGAGAAGCUAAUUAGACGAAAAAUUGAUAAAGAAAUUCCGUCAGCAUCUUCCCAAAAUGAGCCAGUCGAAAAAAUUCCGCUUCUUUCCACCAACAACAUGAAUUCAGAGAAAAUAAAACAGAAAUUGAAAAGUAGCUCAAAAUUAACAGAAUUAAAAACAAAAAUAAACAAACUUCGUGAUGGUUUGGACAAAAUCGAUCGCAUGGAAGAAAAGCGGCUUGAAAAUGCAUCUUUGAAAGAAAAGAAAGAAGUGGAAUCAACUGCAAAGACAUUAAAGCCUUUCAAGUCAAUUGAAUUAGAGAUUUUAAGCCCUAAAAAGCGUCUUUGUUCGCCAUUCAAGCUGAAAGAUUCUCCAAUGAAGAACACUGUGAUGGGAUCUCCCAAGAUAAUCACUCCGAAGAGACUCUUCAGUCCAACAAAAUCUAUGACGAGUCCCUUAAAAUCAAGUCCUAUUAAAGCGCCAGCUUAUCAACGUUUCCAAAAUCUUGCUGAAGCCGGAACUCCAACUCUUCAACUUCCCUUUAAAUAUCGUUACUUGUUGGAAAUAUUCAAAGCUGUUGAUACCAUCUGUGCAAUGUUUUUCAACAGGAAAGAGAAAAUAACUUUCAAGAAAAUGAAGCCAGCAGUUCAGCGAAUUGUUCGAAAGAACUUUUAUGAAUCGCAUCUUGCUCAAAUUCACAAGCUCAUGCCAAAUGCUUUCAAGUUUGCUCAAGAAAAGACAAGAAAUUUUGGAUCAACUUCAAAACAAGAUUAUUAUCAAUUGGUAAUCACACCGAUUAUUGGAUCUCCAAAGGAUGAAGUCAUGCAACUAACGUUAAGUCCACAAAUUCUCAUUGAAAGAACAAAGAAAAUGACAGAAAUGCUAACCGAACUCGUAUUUGUUGAGCAUGAAAAGUUUUUGCAAGCUUUGGAGAAUCCAAUUAGCGUCACACGAGGAGCAUUGAAACAUUGGCAUCCGGAAUUCGAUCUUGAAAAUUGUCCGGAUGUUGAACAUGGAAAUUUACCAAAGCCUCCAAAUGAGGAAAAGUUUUCAUCAGCAAACGCGAUUCUAAGCACUGCUCGUAAUCUUUUCCAUUGCAGCACACCAAUGGAGCGCGCUUUAGAAAGACUUGAAGCGAAGAAGAAAGAAGAGAAACCGAAACAACAACAGAACGAAGAACUUCAAGUUGCUAAAAUGAAAGCAAUACCAGAUCGGGGUUUGGAAGAAGCAAAAGAUGAAAAAAAGAAAAUUUCUUCGGAAGACAUUACAAGCUCACUUCUUAAAGGGGUUUCGAAAUCUCUUCUUGACAAAAUCAGAGCAAAACAAGCUGCUAAAGCUCUCGACACUAUGACACGACGGCCAAGUCAAGAACGUGAAGCAGCAAAGUUUGCUUCCUUACCAGAAAUCGCUAGACAUGCUCGGAAUAUUUUCGUCACAGAAAAGAAAGGAGUUUUGCCACUUGAAAUGUUGUCAAAGAAAAUGCAGAACAGCUACAAAGCAACAUCGACGCUGAAAGAAAUCGAAGAGUUAAUGAGAAUCAUUUCAAAUGUUCUUCCCUUGUGGUUAUCGUUUCAUGAAAUUCGUAACACGAUGUUUGUCAAGCUAAAUCUGAUGAAUUGCGAUAAUUACGUGAAUUUCUACAACUUCUCCUGUGACUAUGAGACGCCUGAGACAACAAGAAAGCUAAACUUAUAUUUUUAUCCUCGUGAUAAUUCCUUAGAACUUUAUGACGUUGGAUCGAAACGAUUAUUUCUCAAACGAACUGUAAUCAGCGAUGUUGCUCUCAGUGAUAUUUACAUUGGAGCGAGACUUACAAUUUAUGGGAAGAAUAUCAUGAUCAGAGAUUAUGGAAAUAGUGAGACGCGAAGAUUGAUGAAUUGCAUGAAGCAAAGAGCAUUUCUCAUGGUGAUGCCUGAAGCUAAAAGACAUGUUGGCGCAAUUAUCAGUUCAUUAGAACGUCAAAAGCUUUUCAUCAAACAACUGAAAAUGUUGAAACUUCAAGCUUUGUCAGCUGUUCAGUUUUGCGAGUCUAAAACUUCUGACGAGAAUUUAUCUUUACUGAUGGACAACAUAACUUCAGGAUAUGUUGUUGUGAUUGAAGUGCUGGGUGAAAAUGCCAUUGAACAACUCAAGAAGAUUUGCGGACCUGACGAAGUUGACGAUGCUAAAGCGAAUUUUCCUUCAUCUUUUCGAGCUCAAUACGGAAUUGAUAACAUUAAGUGUGGCGUUUUAUAUCCAAAAGAUUCAAUUUCUAAUCAAAAAGACUUGGAAUUUUUCUUCCCAAAGAUAAACGAUCGGUGGAAAGUUCAAGCAAAUUUCCAUCGAUCGACACUUUGUCUGAUCAAACCUCACGCAGUUAAAGAAGGAAAAAUUGGUGAAAUCCUAAAAAUGAUUGUUGAAAACAACUUUACAAUAACAGCAAUGAAAAUGGUCCAUUUAGAUCGAAAACAAAGCGAAGAAUUUUAUGAAAUCUACAAAGGGGUUGUUGGGGAAUAUCUUCAAAUGGUGACACAACUUCAAAGCGGAUCUUGUCUAGCAAUUGAAAUUCAAAGUGAAGAUGAUGAAGUGCAAGCGAAAUUUCGUGCAUUUUGUGGUCCUGCUGAUCCACUUGUUGGGAAAAUUCUUCGCCCGCAAACACUUCGAGCUGCAUUCGGAACAGAUAAAGCGAUGAAUGCAGUGCAUUGCACUGAUUUGAGAGAAGACACAAUGCUUGAAACGGGUCUGACUUUUAAUGAUCUCCUACCCGAAAAUGCCAAAUCGUAUGAUAAAAUGCGACCGCCAAAAAAAGAUGGUCAAGCUACGACUGUUUUCUUUCAUGUGACUGUCAUGGGAUUGGAUUCGAUUGAUGAAACAUCGAUGACUUAUGCUGCCGACAUUUUCUUCGCUCAAACAUGGAAAGAUCAUCGAUUGAGACUGCCUGAAAAUAUGACAUCAGAAUAUCGUUUGCUUGAAGUUGAAUGGUUGAAAAAUAUGUGGCGACCUGACUCGUUCUUCAAAAACGCCAAAUCAGUGACAUUUCAAACAAUGACAAUUCCCAAUCACUACAUGUGGUUGUAUAAAGACAAAACAAUUCUUUACAUGGUGAAACUUACGUUGAGAUUGUCAUGUGCUAUGAAUUUUAUGAUUUAUCCUCAUGAUACUCAAGAAUGUAAACUUCAAAUGGAAAGUUUAUCACAUACAACUGCCGACAUGAUUUUUCAAUGGGAUCCUGACGUUCCACUUGUAGUUGACGAGAAUAUUGAGCUACCACAAUUAGCAUUAAUUAAAAAUUAUACCGCCGAUUGCACACAAGUUUAUUCGACGGGUAAUUUCACGUGUUUGGAAGUUGUUUUUGUGCUUAAAAGACGUCUAGGAUAUUAUUUAUUUCACACUUAUAUUCCAACAUGUUUAAUCGUCAUAAUGUCGUGGGUUUCAUUUUGGAUAAAACCAGAAGCAGCUCCAGCUAGAGUCACACUUGGUGUCACAUCUCUUCUCACAUUAUCAACACAACAUGCAAAGUCGCAAGCAAGUCUACCGCCUGUCUCUUAUCUCAAAGCAGUCGAUGCUUUCAUGUCUGUUUGUACAGUUUUUGUGUUCAUGGCAUUGAUGGAAUAUUGUUUGGUGAACAUUGUGCUAGGCGAUAAUCCAACACCGAAAAUGAACGGACCACCAAAACCUCCACCUCCACCCCCGUCGGAACCGAAACUGGAUAAAAUAUUGGAAUAUGCUUCAAAGUUUUCAAGAAACCCUUCAAAAAAUGGCAGACGUGACACAAGAUGCAGUCAACAAGGCGAACUUACAGAUUCGCCACAUCCAUACUUGAAUCAAAAGAGAAAUUACACAUCUGAAAACUUAAUCACCUUAUCUGACAUCCCACCAGCUCCACCACGACCAGUUUCAAAGAUUACGCCAGCUCAAAUCAGACUUCGCCGUGCUAUUCAUGUUGAUAAAUUUUCACGCGUUGCUUUUCCUCUCACUUUUGCUUUAUUAAACUGCACAUAUUGGUACAUGUUCUACGAAUAUAUUUAAGAUGAUCUUAGCUGUUGAUGUUGAUUGAAAGCAAUAUUAAAAGUAGAAAAUGUUCGUGUUAAACAUUGCCAAGUAGAUAUUAAAUUAGUCAAGAAUUCUCAUCUCAACUAGACGUUUGAAUUUCCUGAAAAAUAUAAAAAUAAAUAAAACCUUCACUGAA